UUAAUUAAAAUUAAUUAAUUCACCAUGGAAUUAAUUAAUUAAACAUUUAAUUAUAUUUUUAAUGAUGUAUUUACUUAAUUUAUUUUGGCACUGCUGGCCCUCCAUACAUGCUGAUGCACCACACUUUCCUGUGUCAGAAAAAAAAACAACAACAGGUGCUUCUUUUUAGUGACUGAUGAAAAACACAUUUGCGUUAUCUGCAAAUUAUUGCUGCUGACAAAAAAUAAAUAUUUAAGUGAUAAACAUGAAAAACUUUUUGUCUGUUUGUUUACUUUGAAUUGACUUUUAUUAAAAGUCCUACUAACUACAACAUAAAGCACAAAUGAAGUUUGACACCCUGUGUUUGUGGUUUGGUCUGUUGUGGCUUCCUGUUUCAUGACUAUUAAAAGCUGACUGACUCUGAAAGACACAAAGAGACAGUGAAUCCUGGUCAAAUGUUUUCACCCAUCGAGAUGUUUGCACAAAUUCAAGCUGCUGCAGAUUUCAGAGUUAAAUACAGCAGAAGGUUCCACAAUGGUGUACAAGAGAGAAAACUCAGCCAGCUGGAUAUGUUAGAUGAUGGGGAACAGCAUGAUGUCAAAUCACACGAAGCUGAUGAAAACACCCAAAAGAAGCUCCCAACGGUGAAAAGAAGCUGUCUGACGGCAUUCAAAGUGAGCCUUGGAGUGCUGUAUCUUCUCACUAUGGCUGGAAUCAUGGCACGCUAUGUUUUAGUCACUUUGGAAAAAGAGCAGCUGCAGAAUCGAACCAACAAACUGAUCAACAUUUACAGCCAGCUCGAAGAAAAAGUGUUUGAUGACAACAGUCAGCUACAGAGCAGUUACGAUGCCCUGAAUAAGAACUGCAGCCAGCUAAAGGCCAACCUGAAAGUCAUGGAAGCCAACAACAAUCAGCUACAGGAAGAAGUGAAGCAGCUGAAGGACGAGAUUGAGACUCUGACACAGAAAAAACUCCAGUUAAACACAAGGAAGAGUCCUGAGGAAUGGAUAAGAUUUGCAAGCAACUCUUACUUUAAAUCCACUGAGAGGAAAACUUGGUCUGAGAGCAGUAGAGCCUGUCAGGGUAAAGGAGCUGAUCUGGUGAUGAUAAACAGCGAAGAGGAACAGCAAUUUGUUAGUGAACUGAACAUGGGCGGAGAGUCCUGGAUUGGACUGCAAGUCAUCAAAAAACGGAUAUCGAGAUUUGUUUUCAAAUGGGAAUGGAAAUGGAUGAAUGGAUCACCGCUUCAAAAAACGUUCUGGGCACCUGGACAGGAGGAUGCCAGUCCAGAUUACAAUACAGCAUGUUGUGAUAUAAAUGGGAAAUGGAUCAAACGUUAUGGAUCAAAGACCUUCAUCUGUGAGAGAUGAGUUUGGUGCUUUGAUGUAAAUGUUUGAAUAAUCCAACCAAAGACACCUCACUAUGAAAUGUCCUGCAUGAGCCUCAGACUCAGCUUACAGUCUUUACUUGUUCAUUCUGCAUCAUAUAUUGAUUACAUAUAUUGUCCCUCUGUGCUCUGUGCUGUACAGUAAGGUUGGA